GUGGUGGUGUCGCUGUCCCCGGUGGUGGUGUCUCCUCCUGUGUGCUGUGUUUUCCCCCUUUGGUUUAUUUUGAGUGUUUUGUCGCCGUGUGUGUGUGAGUGUUCACGUGUGACUGGGGUGAUCCUUCCCUGAAAACCCACACCCCUUGACCCUGUGCCUCCACUGAAUCUCUUUCAGAAAUGUACCCAGUGAUCUUGGUGGGACUUGCAGUGCUACUCUGUUCUUCACCCUUGACAAAUGGAGGGAAAGUCUUGGUGUUUCCCUUUGAUGGAAGCCACUGGCUUAACAUGAAAGCCCUCGUUGAGGAGCUUGACUCCAGAGGCCAUGAAAUCACAGUGAUACGGCCAUCAGACAGCUGGUACAUCAAGCCAGAGUCCCCUCACUACAAGUCCAUCACUAUAAAUUCCUCUGCUGGUUUUGCUGAAGAACGCUUUGGGUCAUUUGCAAUCACAUUGAUGAACAUGCAGCGGGAAGGUGCUUCACUUUGGACUCGUUUAUCGCUGGAGUUUGAAAUAUUGGCACAGUUCUAUCAGUUGCAUGAGCAGGUGAUUCGGAUGAUGCGGGAGAUAUUUGAGAAUAAAAAGCUGAUGCAGAGCCUGCGUGAUGCCAAAUAUGAUUUGGUUCUAACAGACCCUGUGAUUGGUGCAGGGGUGCUUCUGGGUCACCGUUUGGGUCUUCCACUUGUCUUAAAUGUGAGGUGGACUGUUCAUGGUGAGGGACAUCAUACAAUUGCUCCUUCUCCACUGGCAUAUGUCCCAAUAGCCAUGUCUCAGCUGACUGACAAGAUGACAUUUCUCCAGCGGGUCAAAAACUUACUUUGCUAUGUCUUCACACUGUUUCAAAUUUGGUAUGUCACAGACCCGAAUUACAAACCGUUUGUACAUCAUUACUUUGGAAAUGAUGUACAUUACAUGGAGCUGUUUCAGGCAGCAGACAUCUGGCUGAUGAGAAAUGAUUUUACUUUUGAGUUUCCACGUCCCACAAUGCCAAACAUCAUCUACAUGUCAGGAUUUCAGUGCAAACCCUCCAAGCCACUGUCUAAAGAACUAGAGGACUUUGUCCAGAGCUCUGGUGAACAUGGGGUCAUCGUUAUGACAUUGGGAACCCUGGUAGCAAAACUUCCUGAGGACAUCACUGAGGACAUUGCAGCUGCUUUCGCCCAACUUCCUCAAAAGGUGAUCUGGAGACACAAAGGCAAAAGACCAUCCACCCUCGGCAACAACACCUUACUCUUGGACUGGCUGCCUCAAAACGACCUCCUGGGCCACCCCAAGACUAGAGUGUUUGUGGCCCACGGAGGCACCAAUGGAAUACAGGAGGCCAUCUACCAUGGUGUCCCCCUGGUCGGCCUUCCCCUCAUGUUCGACCAGCAUGACAACUUCUUCAGGAUGAAAGUAAGAGGUGUGGCCAAAAACCUGGACAUUGCAACUGUGAACAAAGAUAACUUCCUGGAGGCACUGAAGGAGGUACUCUAUGACCCAAGCUACAGACAGAAGAUGAAGGCGCUCUCCAACCUGCAGAGAGACCAGCCCAUGAAACCACUGGACCGGGCCAUGUUCUGGAUUGAGUUUGUUAUGAGGCACAAAGGAGCGGCACAUCUAAGGACGGAGUCUUACAAGAUGUCAAUGAUCCAGUACCACUCAAUUGAUGUGGUGGUGUUUUUGCUGGCAGUUAUUUUGCUAGUAUUUACUGUUUUUGUUUCUGCAGUAAAGUUUUUUUUGGGAAAAGUGUUUUUUAAAAACAAAGUCAAAAAAGAAUGAUCAAUGCGCAGCAGGAUACUGGUGUCACAUUCUCUGGAUCCUGAUUUAUUGUAAAAUAAUAACAAAACAAUAGCACUAAAAUUAAACAGUAAACUGUUUUGUUAGUAUACUGAGCAGGUUACAACAUUCAUACACUGGUAAAUUGUAAAGAGGUCAUGUUUCUGUUCUGUUCAUAGGGGUAUUUUUUUUAUUCUCAUAAACUACUGCACUUAUUUGAAUGCAAUGAAAUAAGAUAUCUAUCACUAGGGCUGGGCCAUUAUUCAAUAUUACGUAUGACUUUAGUAAUAAUAUGAUGUUGUCAUGUUAUUGUUUCACAAAUUUGUUUUCCAAAUAAUCAUUUUGAGCAGGCUGUAAAUAAAAACUCAAAAGAGAUAUGCAAAACUUUACUUUUGCAUACAUUUAAGGAUUUCAUAAAUGCAUUAUCAUGUGCCACCAGUUUGUAAAUAUAUAAUGAAAGACUUCUUUGUUUACUGUAAGGCCAUUAAGGUACAAUGACUAGAACAUUUUGUGUAAGUGAUUAAUCAUGGGUAUUCUCUGUUAGUACUGUUCUGUUUCUUGAAGCAGGUUAAAAAAAUUCAUAGAUCAUUUCUAUCAUUCUCUGACUUGAAAACAAUUAUUCAUGCAUUUAUUUCCUAAAGAAAAAUACUAUUGGAUUUCACUUUAUCCCUGCGUAAACAAUAAAGCAUUGUCACCCAUUCAAAUUAUACAAAAUGCUGCAGCCAGGCUGUUAACUAGAUCAGACAAAAGAGAUCACGUAACCCCCAUUUUAGCCUCCCUGUGUGGGCUUUUAGUUAACUUUAGGAUUUAUUUUAAGGUUUUAAUUAUUACUAAUUUUUAGCACAACAUGGUCUAGCCCCAGCUUACUGUACAUCUGUGAACUUGUAUGCCCCUAUCUAACUGCAUGCACUCUCAGAUCGUACAACAAAACAACAAAGCUCUGCUAACAGUCCCCCGAUCAAGACCUAAAAUUAAGGAGAUUGUGCUUUCGCUGUCAGAGCCCUAAAACUCUGGAACAGUCUAGGCAUUGGCCGGUAUACGAUUCUGACGGUAUAAC